AUGUCCAUCCCCCACCCCUCCCUCAACACCUCCCAGGGUCUCGCCGACUCCCCCCAAGCAGGCUUCAACCUCGCUUCCCCUCACUCCUCCACCGCCCCCGGUGCCCCCGAGAGCGGUGCUGCGGCCCUCGGCAAUCUCAAUGGCUCCAAGGUCAUCGAGACCGAGGACAGAAAGGUCGACGGCGAUCUGGGCCUCUCGAAGAAGAUCGAUAUCGGGAGGGGCAAAGGUGUUGGGUUUGGAGUGAAGAAGGAGGAGGAGGAAGCAGCUGCGGCCGGGCUCAGGGGUGAGAAUGGGAAUGUGAUUCACCAGGACGAGACUCUUCGAAAGGGUCACCAGAAGCUUGAGAGUAUCGUGUUUAGGAUUGAGAAUGUCUUUGACAACAUCUACCUCAGGGCCAAGCCUUACACCAACAAACUGCUGGCGAUUGCUGAAGCCAGACCCCUCCUCUUUACCUUCUCCGCGAUCUGGCUUUCGUUCAGCGCCAUCCCUAUCGUUGUCUUCUUGGGCUUUAUUCUCCUCUCAAUUGCUACUAUCCUCGCCGUUGCUGUCUCAACCUUGCUGGUGCUUGUAGUCGGAACUGUGGUUUUGACCCUCUCUGCUAUCGUGGCCACUUUGGUCUUUGCUUCAUUCUUCCUCCUCCCCACACUCUUCGUCACCACCACCUUCUCCGCCAUCUCCAUCUCCUUCCUCCUCGGCCUCUUCUUCGUCUACCGCCUCUACCAGCACGUCUCUUCUGCCACCCAAGAGGGUCUCUCCCUCAACAACCUCGGCCGAGGUGUAGGUGGCUGGGCGGGAGAGGUCGGCGACAGGGUCGGGGAAGUCGCAGACUAUGCCUAUCCUUUCCAGUCUACCAAGCCUCCUUCUGCUGUCGUCUCUAGCCUUUCUGAAAAGCUCGGUCUUCCCACUCAGAAGCAGGCUUACAGCACCGGACAGAAGGAGCCUUUCGACGAGAAGGCUACUCUGCAAGCGUAUCAGAACCCCCCGGCGUUGUCUGAAAAGGUCGGGUUGCACAACAACUAUAAUGCCACCGUCGGCUCGCAGCCGGUCGUCAUUACGUAG